AUGUUAAAGAUAGUGACUUUACUUGUUCUUUAUUUCAAUAAUUUUGGUGAAAGUACAGUACUUUAUGCUGCUGUUAUAUACCGACAUGGGGAUAGAACUCCCGUUGAUACAUAUCCCACAGAUCCUUGGCGUAAUGAGUCCUUGUGGCCCGUUAAAUUUGGUGAAUUAACAAACAUUGGCAAAAUGCAGCAUUAUGAGCUAGGAAAGUGGCUUCGGAGGCGUUAUGUUAAUCUCAUUUCUGAGGAAUUUGACCCAAGUACUGUAUAUGUUAGAUCUACUGAUGUUGAUCGCACAUUAAUGUCGGCACAAGCAAAUUUAGCAGGUAUGUAUCCACCAACUGCAAAAUCUAUGUGGAACCAAGAUAUACCUUGGCAACCGAUUCCUGUGCAUACAAUUCCAGAGAAUAAUGAUGAAGUUUUAGCCAUGAAAAGAAAAUGUAAGCCGUACAUAGAAGAAAAACAUAAAUACAUAAACUCGAAGUCAUAUAAAGAAAGGCUUAGUAAAUAUAAUGAUCUAAUGAAAUACCUCACUGUCAACACCCUUAAAAAAAUCAAUGAUUACGAAGAUAUAGUAUCAAUUUAUACUACAUUGAAAAUAGAGACGCUGUACAAUUUCACUUUACCACCUUGGACACGUAAAGUAUUCCCCGAAGCGAUGCGAGAUCCAGCAUGUUAUAGUUUUCAAACUGCAACCGGCACAGCCUUGAUGACACGACUUAUGAUUGGUCCGCUAAUGCAACAGAUAGUAAACCACAUGUAUGAUGCUGUUCAGGAGAAGCCGAACCAUAUAAAGCUAUCUAUCUAUAGUGGGCAUGAUUUUACCAUUGGUAACAUUUUGAAUGGGCUCGGUGUGUACGAUGGAAACUGUCCAGAAUAUACAUCUACUGUCUUCUUGGAGCUUAUAGGUAAUGGAUCAGAUCAUUAUAUUCGACUGUCAUACAGAAAUAGUGCAAGAAUUGUUGAGCCAUAUGUUUUGUCAUUACCAAAUUGUGGAAAGCUGUGCCCAUUACAGCAGUUUACGAAGUUGUAUGACAAUAUUAUUUCUGUGGACUGGGAAAAAGAGUGUCGAGAGGGGAGUCCCGUUUCUUGGUUUGUUGAAUUUUAUUUCAUACUUCUUUUAUUUUUGGGUAUUCUCUAUGCUGUUAGUGGAAUACUAAUACUGAAAAGACGUGAUAAAAAAUUACUGCGACAAUCACUGGCUUCCACCCAGAAACGUCUUUUUCAUCAAUGA